AAAGUGAUUCGCUCGCUGACUGGGUUGAUGAUACAAUUCAGUAGUCGCCGCGCGCUCCUUUCUUCUCCCCUCUUCCCUCGCAAAAGCCAAAUAUCGACUUUCGCUAUCUACCUACCAAGCUUGACAGAGAAUUGAUGACCAACAAAGUAUGUACUGUAAUUAGACUGACUGGAUUUCCUGGUCUGACUGGAUUUCCUGGUGGUCUAGUGGUUAGGAUUCGGCGCUCUCAUCGCCGCGGCCCGGGUUCGAUUCCCGGUCCGGGAACGUUUCAAUUUCAUCCAAAAGGCCUGCGCACUCAAUCAAAAGCAGUCACAGUGUGUGUCAACACGCUUUCUUCUGACACUAAACGGCAUCAAGACCAAACCAAGGAGUACGUUCAGAGAAAUACAACGGUUUGUUAUGGUGCUAUGUCCAGUGUUCACACUGCUCUGGGUCUGUGCUGUGGCACUGCAUUCCCUUGGGAGCACAGAGAGAGUAUCCCAAACGACUGAGCCAAGUGUCUCUAGGAGCACAGACCCGAUGGCUGAGACAGUUACUUUAGGGCCAGUGGAGACCCAAAGCCCUGAUUCACACACACACACACACCAGAGCCUAGAACCAGACCAGAGCCUGGUACCACUUCCCUCAGACCCCUGUCAGGAUGACGAUAUGGACGGAGAGAUGGUGUACCAGAGGGAUUCUUAUGGUGUUAUGCAGCUGGUUCAGAGAGAGGACUACGAAAAAACGUGCAACCUAUCAGACAGUGGACUGGCCCACUGUCUUAUCUACCCAACCAAUCAACUCAACUGCUCCUGGAAAUUCCAUGGUCUCCCUAACGACCGCCAAUCCUAUGCCUCCGUCUUUGUGUGUAGGGAAACUGAGAGGAUCUCCAAUGUGGAUUGUGUCACUGAGGCCAUAGGAGGCCAAGGAGCCCAGGGAGGGACUGGUAACGCUGACCGUGUGGUUGGACAUGUGUCUGCUGGGUGCCAAGGCAGUGUGGACAACAGCGUCACCUCGGUGAUCCUGACUUUCAACGUGUCACGCCCUGACGUGUGGUGCAUCUACACCCAUAAAUACCACACCAGAGAUAUUGACGUGCUGCGCCCGCCAACCAACAUCACUGCCUGGAUCAGAGAAGGGGUUCUACUGGUGCAGUGGGGUCUCCCGUCCAGCCGGUUUAGCACCAAACCCAGCUGCUUCCACUACCAGCUACAGAUCAAUGGCCAGGUGAGCGACCUUGAGGAGCGACUGACAUACAGUGAGACCAACGCAGACCCCACACAUUCAUACGAUGUAAGGAUGAGGGUGAGGAAGAGUAGUUACUGCAGAGGAUCUCAACACUGGAGCAGCUGGAGCAACACCAUCAAGGUGGCACCGUUUGAAUCACCCAAUCAGCUGAACUCUCUGGUGGUCGCUGCCAUCGCACUGGGAAUACCCAUGAUCCUCCUGUCUCUGCUGCUGCUGAUUCGACUCCAGAGGGAGCGUUUGUUUCCCCACAUCCCUGGUCCCCCACUGAAGAUUAAACACCUCUUGGAGAGAGACGACCAGUUUCAGGCCCUGCCGUCCAAAUGUGUUGAGGAGAUCACAGUGGUGGAGGAAGCUAAGGAAACACCUGUGAAUAUGGCCAGUUAAACAAGAUGGCCUGUUUAAAGCCCAAUCAUCCUAAACCCCUAGUCUCGUGGGCCGAUCUGUAAGGAGGAUCCCCUUAGCCUAUCAGAGGGCAAGAUGCAGUCAUUACCAUUUGUUAAUACCGAUCCAAUCUUUUCAAGAGUGGACGCUACUUAUUAACAUGCAUUGUUCUUACAUGCUUAGCGUCUACUCAAUUAAGAGUUCUUAUGUGCUUACAGUGGCUUGCGAAAGUAUUUACCCCCCUUGGCAUUUUUCCUAUUUUGUUGCCUUACAAC